CCCGUUCGGCCGGUUUGUCUUUGCGCCGAGCCGCGGCGGCCGUGAAGAUGGCGUCCACCAGCCGUUUGGAUGCUCUCCCAAGAGUCACAUGUCCUAAUCAUCCGGAUGCAAUUUUAGUGGAAGACUACAGAGCUGGUGAUAUGAUAUGUCCUGAAUGUGGCCUGGUUGUGGGUGACCGGGUGAUUGAUGUGGGAUCUGAAUGGAGAACUUUCAGCAAUGAUAAGGCUACAAAGGAUCCAUCUAGAGUUGGAGAUUCUCAGAACCCUCUUCUGAGUGACGGAGAUUUGUCUACCAUGAUUGGGAAGGGUACAGGAGCUGCAAGUUUUGAUGAAUUUGGCAAUUCUAAAUACCAAAAUCGGAGGACAAUGAGUAGUUCUGAUCGGGCAAUGAUGAAUGCAUUCAAGGAAAUCACUACCAUGGCAGACAGAAUCAACCUCCCUCGGAAUAUAGUUGAUCGAACAAAUAAUUUAUUCAAACAAGUAUAUGAACAGAAGAGCCUGAAGGGAAGAGCUAAUGAUGCCAUAGCUUCUGCUUGUCUUUAUAUUGCCUGUAGACAAGAAGGGGUUCCUAGGACAUUUAAAGAAAUAUGUGCUGUUUCACGAAUUUCUAAGAAAGAAAUUGGCCGGUGCUUUAAGCUUAUUUUGAAAGCAUUAGAAACCAGUGUGGAUUUGAUUACAACUGGGGACUUCAUGUCCAGAUUUUGUUCCAAUCUUUGUCUUCCUAAACAAGUGCAGAUGGCAGCUACACAUAUAGCCCGUAAAGCUGUGGAAUUGGACUUGGUUCCUGGAAGGAGCCCCAUAUCUGUGGCAGCGGCAGCUAUUUACAUGGCCUCACAGGCAUCAGCUGAGAAGAGGACCCAAAAAGAAAUUGGAGAUAUUGCUGGUGUUGCAGAUGUUACAAUCAGACAGUCCUACAGACUCAUCUAUCCUCGAGCCCCAGAUCUAUUUCCUACAGACUUCAAAUUUGAUACCCCUGUGGACAAACUACCACAGCUAUAAGUUGGAAUCAUACUAAUGCCACUAUUAAU